CACAAUAUGAGUUCUAAAAGUCAAGCAAUGAUCCUUUUGUUGAUUUUGACAAUAUUCUCCUUCACUUUCACACCAUCAUCAAGUGAUUCCAUUACCAUCUACUGGGGCCAAAACACAGCAGAAGGCACCUUGAAAGCAGCAUGUGACACUGGUCUUUACGAGAUUGUACUCCUAGGGUUCCUUGAUGUCUUUGGAGAAGGAAGAACUCCAAGUUUGAACUUCACUGGUCAUUGCCGUGGAAGUUCUUGCAUAACCCUCGAAUCCGAAAUCAACCACUGCCAAAAUAAUGUUAUUGAAGUUUACCUUUCCAUUGGAGGCCCUUCCGGAACCUACUCCCUUGGCUCAUCAGAUGAUGCUAAAAAUUUUGCUGAUUAUCUUUAUACUAACUUCCUUACACUUCCUAGUCAAAAAAAGAAAAAAAAUCAAGUUGGUCCACUUGGAGAUGUUACCUUAAAUGGUAUACAAUAACCCUUCAUGUCAAUAUGAUCAAACAAAUGUCGACGCUACACCGCUCUUACAAUCACUGGAUGCUUGGACGUCGUCAGUUCCACCAGAACUUAGUAUCGUUUUCUGGGGACUACCAGCAGCACCUGAUGCAGCUCCUGGUGGUGGUUAUAUACCACCAAAUGAUCUCAUUUCUAAGGUUCUUCCUCACAUUGAAGAAACUUGCUCUACCCAUAGCUGUGGAGGAUUUAUGCUUUGGGAUAGAUUCCAUGAUAUUGAAAGUAAUUACAGCAAUCAGGUAAAGCACUGGGAUGAACAAUCUGCUUGUCGAUUUGUGACACAAGUUUCCAAGGCAAGCUUGGGGUCUGUCUCGACAACUUGAAGGCUCUGUUGCAUGGACACUUUUGAUUGAAGGCGUGUCCUAAUAUCCGACACGUAUCGUGUUCGACACCAACACCACAUCGGCACUUGUGAUUGAAUCAUCUCAUUUUCUCAAAAUUUUAUCGGUAUAGGUGUAUCAGUGUCGUGUUCAGUGUCUGUGAUCCUUGCAUCAUAACUUGAAGGUCAUGUUACGUUACCAAAUUAAAUUAUGUAAACGUGAACCCACGUGAAGCAUCUUAUCAUAUGUAGGUACUAGAUUUUACUAUGAAAUUAGAAUAAUAUUCACUUGCAAGUUGCGUGAUUUCAACUUAUGUUCCGGCUUUGUUUGAAAGUUUUGAGAUAG